AUGGUGAAAAAUUUGAUGUUAGGUAUAACAGCAUUUCCUAUCAAGGUCUUCAUGGAUAACAUGUUUAUUUAUAUAAAGGAAAAGAGUCGCAGCAGCUCCUUACAGUACUCUGUGGAUGAUCUACAGAAGAAACUGACCCAAUCCUUUGGUGACUUGACUGAGUGCCAAGAUAAAGUUGAAGAGAUUGAGUCCUCCCUGAAAGCUCAGGAGGCCAAGGAAGUGAAGGAAAAGUCAAGAAGUGCCAUUCUGGAGAACUCUGUCUCGGAUCUGAACAGCAAAUUGACUCAGACCUUGGCGGAGUUGACAGAGUGUGAAGAUAGUGUGGUUAAGCUCAAAAACUUGGCUGAAGCUCAUGAGGCUGAGCUCUCGAAGGCGCAGAAGGAGGUGGCGGCCGUGAGGAAAGAGAAGAUGGCGGUGGCAAAGCCCGAGGUGGUGCCUGGGGCCAUGAACCUGCCGGGAAUACAGCUCAAGGAUCCCUACCUCGGCCCCGGCCAGCUUGGGUAUGUCCAACGGGGGGUGGUGCAGACCCGUGAUAAGGGGCUGGAUGGUAUCACCUUCCACCGGGGACUGCCCAUCCUCCCGCGGGACUCUCCCAAUUCCCCUCGCAAGCAACCCAGAUUCAGUGUAGCUGACAUAGCCAAGGAGAUGAAAAUAGCAGAAAAUGAACCAGAUGCAGGUGUUCUAGCCAACCCUCAGGCCAUUGUACCCCAUCAUGUUGCAGACAACCAUGGCAAUGGACAAGCAGCUGCUGGAGGAAUCUUAGGAUUGCCCGAGUUUAGGGCAUUGCCCCUGCCUGCCCAAAGGCGAGGGAUGAUCACCCGAAGUCACGUGGCCCCUCCGCCCAGGGUUGUACCUGUCCCAGGCCCAGCUGUCAUGGAAAGACCAGGUCCCCCAGUAGCUAACAAUAACUUGCCGAUCCAGCCCCCUGAGGGUAUGGAGGGUGAAGGCAGCCAUAACAACCUGCUUGCAAAUAAUAAUGGGCCUGCAGUAGUGGAGCGGCCAAACCCUCCAGUGGGCAACGCUCCCAUCCAGGCUCCUGAGCACCCACCUGAGGGGGGCGAAGGGCAACAGGUGGUAAACGAUGUGUUAGCACCUCCUCCCCAGCACCUCGAUGGUCUGAAAUCCAAUGAUGUGCAUGCAGAAGACGGGGCAAAUUUGCUCAAACUGCGGCACGAAAAGGAAGACGAGGAAGAGAAAGGGAAUAAAGCCGAGGAAGAUUUGAACGAAGACAAUAAACAAGACAAUUUGGACGCGGCAAUAGACGAGGAGGAGAAGAUCGUGGAAGACCUAAUGGACGACCAGGACGAGGAGGGCAAUGAGGUCAAACGCAAUAAUGAAGAGGUCCUGGACGAGGACAAUGCCCUGGAGGACCUGAAGGACCACCCGAGGGUCGGCAACCUGGUGGGGGGUCUCAAGGUCCCCCUGGGGUUCCACCCGGAGGAGGCCAACCCCCAGGACAUGAACGUGGAGGAGGACAUCAUCGGCAAUCAGGGCAAUUACUAUGAUGGUAACAUUGAUAAUAACAACAUUAGAAAUCUCCAGAGACCUCCAGAUUUCCAUUAACAAAUUAUUUUUUUCUCUCUAUCCUUUUUCGUCUGUGGAAUGAACUGCCAUUGGAACCUCAUACAGAGGAGACUUUGCAGUUAUUCUUUUGCUAUUUAUUUUGCUAGAUGUAGGAGUGUUAGUAGCUAGUAGGGGGUUGAAAUAUUUACAAGGGAUUAUAUGUAUAUGUAUAUAUGUAUACAUAUACAUAUACAUAUACAUAUACAUAUACAUAUACAUAUACAUAUACAUAUACAUAU